AUGGAAGCACACGAAAGCCACACGCUGAUUUCCGAGGAGCUAGGCCUGCUCCUCGGUGCCCUGCGUGCUGGCGAGGCUGACUCGGCACGGUGUUGCGCAGAGCGACUCGGCUCGCGCUGCCUGACGUCGCGCAUUGCCGACGUGGCAUGUGACCACAUCGGCAUCGGAACGCCGGUCCUGUCUCACAUCAAGGCGGCGGUGAACGAGCUGGUGGAGGCGUUCUGCCAGGAUACAAGAGACGACGACCGACAGCUCACUUGUUGUCUCGGGCUGUGCGCUCUCUACGUCGCCCGCGGCACGCCGCACUCCGCCGCCGUGCGCGCGGCGCUGCAGGCGCACGGCGCCGCCGCCGCGGCCGCGGCAGGCCGCGUCCUCGUGGCUGUUGCGCGGCAGCCGCCCGGCGCGGCCGGCAGCAGCGAGAGACGAGACGACGUGAUCGAGGAACACAUCGGCCGCCCCUUGCUCAUGGUAAUGGCAGUCCUGGGGCUGCCGGCAGCCAACAUUGCUGAACAGCGAGCCAAGGUCAAGGCUUUCAGAACCACGGGCGCCUUCUCGGUGGCGCUCGACCUUGGAGCGGCAGACUGCAUGCAGCUCAUCCUGCAGGCGCUCACACAGGCUGAGGACGACGGCGCGGACGCUGUCUUGCGCAGCGAGCUCGAGCGCCGGCCCCGCGCGGCCGCGGCCGUCGCCGCGCGCAUGGUCGAGCACGCCUGCGGCCCCGCGGGCGGCGAGCCCCAGGUGGCGACGGCCUUCCGGCUCCUGUCGCUGAUGGCGAGGGCCGGCACGGGCGCGCGGCACGCGGCGCUGGUGGAGGCACCGCAGGCGUGGGACGCUUCGCUCGGCUUGAUCGGGCCCGACGCCGGACUGAGCGGCUGGGGGGCCACCUGGGCGCUGACCGCCCUCAACGGCCUGUUUGCCUGCCCGCUGGGGCGCUGCGCUGUCGCUGGCUGCCGCUGCCAGGCGGCCAUGUCGUCGCUCAUGCGGCGCGCCGUGCCGCCGCUGCUGCGGCUCGCGGCUGGCCGCCGCGCAGGGGCGGGGGCGAGCGAGCAGGGGGAUCGGCUGCAGCAGUUGGCGGCAGAGGCGGUUUUCGCCGUUGCCCGGCGCGAGCACAACGCCGACACGCCCAUCAGCAGCAUUGCCGCUGCGCCCGGGGCCGCGGCGGCGCUCGUCGCCGCCCUCCGUUUUGCGGUGAUGGCGGAGCGCAUCACCAGGGAUCCAGAGGAGCGCCAGUGCUGCUUCCGCGCCAUGUGUGCCGCCGCCCAGGCGAUCGCCUUGGUCGGCGCCCACUCUGGCGGUCGGGGGGCCGAGUGGCGGGGCUCCGUCGGCCUGCUGGGUGGCCCGGCGCUGGCGAGGCUCGCGGGCGUCAUAGAUUUUUGGGAGUCUGAGGAGGUAGAGCGGCUGGCACUGGCGGGGGUGCCUAAUGGCAGGAUCUCAGGCAUGAUGACGGAUGCAGUGGAUGCGGCUGUGGACGCGGCCAUCUUGGAGACUGAGCUGAGCAUCCCUGAAGGGGGGGCGGGGCUGCCGGCGCAGGGCGGCUCGAGGCAGCAGCGGCGCCUGCAGCAGUGGCGGCAGCAGGAGCGGCAGCGAGAGCAGAUGCAGGCACGGCAGCAGCGGACGCAGCGGCAGCAGAAGCAGCAGCAGCAGUCGGUACAGGAGCAGUCGCUACAGCAGCCCACGCAAGUGCAGCAGCCACAGCCGCAGCAGCAGCAGCAGCAGCAGCAGCAGCAGCUACCGCAGCAGCAGCAGCAGCAGCAGCUACCGCAGCAGCAGCAGCUACCGCAGCAGCAGCAGCAGCAGCAGCACCAGCAGCUACCGCAGCAGCAGCAGCAGCAGCAGCAGCAGCAGCAGCAGCAGCAGCAGCAGCAGCUACCGCAGCAGGCGGCGAGGCCCUCAACAGGAGAUCAGUCUGGCGCUGGCGUGCGUCACACGCAGAAGCAAAUUCCAGAGCACCUGCAGGCGUGCGCCAGCUGCGGCACGGCACGCGGCGAGGCGAAGCUGCGCGAGUGCACAGGCUGCUGCGCGGCGGCGUACUGCGGCGCGGGGUGCCAAAAGGCGCACUGGGCGUCCCAUCGGCCAGCCUGCAAGGCGGCGCAGCAGGCCAAACAGAGGCUCGAACCGGGGCUUGUCACGUAA